AUGCAAAUAUUUACUCUAAAUUUUUUAAUGUACACCGUUGGCGGUAUAUGGCGACCAGUUGAGUGGUCAUCAAAUGGUGCCAAGCUGCUGUAUAAUAUAUUUACCUUUAUUAUAAUAUCUUCGGAAUAUUUUUUGCUGCUAACACAAUUUAUGGACAUGAUUUUCGUUGUCAAUAAUGUUGAUGAUUUUGCCACUAAUACUCUAAUGUUUUUGAGUAUUGUUGCCGUUUGUUGUAAAACCACUGUCAUUGUGGUACGUCGGAAUGCGAUCAUUAACUUAGUGCAAGUAUUGCUGAAAGCACCAUACAAACCUCGAGACAAAGAUGAAAUAGCAAUACAAACAAAAUUUGAUAGAUUUAUCAGAUCAUGCUCGAUAAAAUACUCACUUUUAGCAACAAGUUCCAUUACAGGCGGUACAAUAGGAUCAGUAUUAAACAUUAUGCAAGGUCAUCUGCCCUAUCGAAUAUGGCUGCCAUGUGAUUAUAAUGUAUCUACGAUAUUUUGGACUGUAUCUAUUCAUCAAGUGGUAACUAUAAUUUUUGCCACCGUGAUAAAUGUUGGCACGGAAACCCUAGUCUUUGGAUUGAUUUUACAAACAUGUGCCCAAUUUGAAAUAUUGGAAAGUCGUCUUCAAAAAUUAAUAAUUAAUAAAACAGUUAAAUAUCUGAGACAUGCAAGCUGUUUAUCGAAUGAAAACAAAACAGGAUUGUCGGAGUGCAUAUGUCAUCAUCUCAGCAUUUACAAAUAUGCCAAAGCGGUAAACGUCAUAUUCAACCAAGUACUUUUUGUUCAGUUUUUUAGUAGUAUACUGAUAUUAUGUACAAGUGUGUAUUAUUUGUCAAUGCAUGUUAAGGACCUAUCUGCAGCUGCACCUUUAUUAGUAUAUACCAUCUGCAUGUUUGUACAAAUCUAUUUUUACUGCUGGUCCGGAAACGAAGUCAUAUUUAAAAGUAUGAACCUAGCAGACGCUAUAUAUAAUAUGAACUGGCCAUUAUUAUCAAUCAACGAAAAAAAAGGAUUGUUGAUGAUCAUGAUACGCAGCACAAUUCCUAUAAAAUUCACAAGCAGCUUCUUGAUAACUUUAUCGCUUCAGUCUUAUAGCAACGUUAGUAUGAUUUGAAAUAAUCUAAAUAUGCAAAUACUUACUCUAAAUUUUUUAAUGUUCACCAUCGGCGGUAUAUGGCGACCUGUUGAGUGGUCUUCAAAUGGUGCCAAACUUCUAUAUAACAUAUUUACCUUUAUGAUAGUAUCUUCGGAAUACUUUUUAAUGUUAACUCAAUUUAUGGAUAUAAUUUUUGUUGUCAAUAAUGUCGAUGAUUUUGCUACUAAUACUCUAAUGUUUUUGAGUAUUGUUGCCGUUUGUUGUAAAACCACUGUUGUUGUGAUACGUCGGAAUGCGAUAAUCAACUUAGUGCAAAUAUUGUUGAAAGCACCAUAUAAACCUCGAGAUGAGGAUGAAAUAGCUAUACAAGCAAAAUUUGAUAAAUUUAUCAGAUCAUGCUCGAUAAAAUAUUCACUUUUAGCAACAAGUUCCAUUACAGGCACUACAAUAGGAUCAGUACUGAGCGUUAUGCAAGGUCACCUGCCUUAUCGAAUAUGGCUACCAUGUAAUUACACUGUAUCUACGAUGUUUUGGAUUAUAUCCAUUCAUCAGAUUGUAAUUUUAUUUUUUGCCACCAUAAUAAAUGUGGGCUCGGAUACCUUAGUCUUCGGAUUAAUUUUGCAAACGUGUGCUCAGUUUGAAAUACUCGAAAGUCGUCUACACAAAUUAAUAAUUAAUAAAACAGUUAAAUAUCUGGGACAUGAAAUCUCUUUGUUGAAUGAAAACAAAAUAGAACUGUCGGAGUGCAUACAUCAUCAUCUCAGCAUUUACAAAUACGCCAAAGCGGUAAACGUCACAUUCAACCAAGUGCUUUUCAUUCAGUUUUUUAGUAGUAUAGUGGUAUUAUGUACGAGUGUGUAUUACUUGUCAAUGCAUGUUAAGGACCUGUCUGCAGCUGCACCUUUAUUAGUAUAUACCAUCUGCAUGUUUGUACAAAUCUUCGUUUACUGCUGGUCCGGAAACGAAGUCAUGCUUAAAAGUACGAGCAUAGCAGACGCUAUAUAUCGUAUGAAUUGGCCAUUAUUAUCAAUCAACGAAAAAAAAGGAUUAUUAAUGAUCAUGAUACGUAGCACAAUUCCUGUAAAGUUCACUAGCAGCUUCUUGAUAACUUUAUCCAUUCAGUCUUAUAGCAACGUCAUCUUUGUUGUCGACAAUCUGGAACACUUGGCCUCGUGUUGUUCUAUUUUCCUAGGGACAAUUACUCUAUUCUGCAAAGCGAUUGUUAUUGUAAUCCGGCGCGAUCGGAUUAUCAAUUUGAUAAAAAUACUACAAGAGGAACCUUGUAAAGCUUGUAACGAGGAGGAGAUUAAUAUCCACAUAAAAUUCGACCAUUUAAUCAGAUCACAUUCCAUGCCUUAUAUAAUUUUAUGUACGAUCUCGCUGAUAGGCACUAUAAUUGGAGGAAUACUUUAUAUGUUAGAGGGCGCAAUACCCUAUGGGUUCGUGUGGGUACCUUGGGAAUGUACUUCGUCCCUUUUAUUCUGUUUUACGUCUCUUCAAGAGAUCGCAGCUGUGACUAUUGGCAUUAUUGUAAACAUCGCGACAGAAACUACGGUUUUAGGAUUUUGCUUGCAAACAUGUGCAAGAUUUGAAAUUCUAAGUCAUCGCCUUCAGAGAAUGAUAAAAGGUGAGAAAGAAGGAAUGCGGAAAAGUUCAGUGAACAAUACAAGCAGAUUAUCAAAAUACGUUUCCUUUCAUCUUUGUAUAAUCAGACUUGCUGAAAUGAUCAACGAUGUAUUCAGUCCAGUCAUCUUUAUUCAAUUUUGCAUCAGUAUUUUGGUACUGUGUUCAGCUGCAUAUUAUUUGUCUUCUAAUAUAACACUUCUAAACGUGCUUAACUUCACAGCCUACGUAUUUUGCUUGUUUGUGCAGAUUUAUGUUUAUUGCUGGGCUGGUAAUGAAGUUACACUUAAGAGUGUUGAAUUAGGCGAAGAGAUAUAUCAUAUGGAUUGGAUAUUAAUGACAAGAAGCGAACAACUAGAUCUACUAAUGAUUAUGAAGCGCAGCACAAAACCCAUCAAAUUCACUAGCAGCUUUUUAGUAACACUGUCUUUGGAAUCUUAUAGCAAUCUUCUGAAAGCGACUUUCUCUGCAUUUAAUCUUUUGCAACAAUUGUAA